AUGACUGCAAAUAAAUUAUCACCGAUUAUAACAACAGAGAUUCUUAAAACAAUAUUUGAUAAUAUAUCUGAAAAUGAAUUAUUUGUUUGUUCACUUUGUGCAUCUAUGUGCACAACUCAAAAUAAACAUCAAUUAGUGUCGACAACCUGCGGUCAUUUAUUCGGAAAAAAUUGCAUAAAGAAACGAUUAAAAGAAACAGGACAAUGUCCGUUAUGUUUGAAGCAAUUAGAAACUCGACGUGAUAAACAAUUACGAACAAUGUGUCUAUCAAGUGUUGUAACAAUAUUUCCAUUUGAAAUAUCACGAAUGAGAGAUGAACGUAGACGCCUUCGUAUGCGAUUAAACGAAAUAAAAACGCGUCUUGAACGAGCAAAAUUUAAAUUAAAUAUUAAAAAACAAGAUUUACAAAUAAUUAAUAAGAAAAUAUUUAAACAUUGUAAACGUAAUAAAUUGAUGAAUAAUGGUUGA